UACAACCUACCCAUACCGACAUGGCCUCUCAUCGCGUCCUCUUGGUUCUCACUCUCUGGAAUUUCAUCCUGCUAGGGGCAUGUCAUCCCAUUCAGCUUGACGUCAAAUACCGCAUCGCCCAAUACAGAGAGGUGAAGCUUAUUGGUGUGCUAUCUUACCUUCUACUGGUUCUUGGUGCAUUCUCAGUGGAGCUGUCACAUGCAGAUACAUUUUCAGGCCCUCCCGGCUUAUAUGUCCAGCCGCUCGUGACGCACCCGUGGAAGACUCCGUGGUAGUCUCCGCACAUCAACAAGUCAGCAGGGCCUGCCAGCGUCUGCCGACCGUUACCACUUUCCUCUCCAACGCCCAUACUUCUCAAGUCUCGAGCGGCUUUUGUGAAACCACUCUCACCAUCUCGAACACACUCACCCCUCGACGGCCAACCAAUAUAGAAACGAUGCUCCCUUUGCACACGAGCCUCUAUCACGCCCAUGACAUAUCUAGCGUCGAUGAGACACUACCUUCUAGCACAGACCCUGCAGCACCUUCAGGUACCACCCUAUCCCCCAUACACGCGCCUACCCCACCCAAACAAAAUGUCGUCGCCGAAGCCAUCGCCUCCGUCGCUGCAUGUCUUGAUGACCUCGCCGAGUCUCUAAGAUCCAUCCGCAUAUCGAUCUACGACAUUGUCCUUGCUUCAGUGAGCAUUGUAGCUGUGCUCAUGGGGCAUCCAUGCUUGCACACGCUCAGUCGGUACGUGGUAUGUCUUCACUGCCCAUGUAGUUCCUUCCGCAGCGCGUUGCCGACGCGCCUCUUUUACCGGCACGACAUCUAUCUAGGAACGGAAGAGAGUACUAGCACGGGUAGCACGAGUACUACAGGUAGAAGUAUGGAUCCGGGUGCGAGGACGACCUUUGAAGGAGGCCAAGCAACAUGAUCACGCUCACGAUGGACUAGCUAACGAAACGCACUGGACCAUAGACCGACUCUAUCUUUUUCCUUCCGUCUCUUUUCCUUCACCUGGUGUGGAGUUUGAUUUGCUCUGAUAUCUGACCGUUUUAAUUUCGCGUUCGAGUUGUUGUAGCUUUCGAAUUGUCGCUUUCUUUUCGUCACCGCAUUGAACUAACAAUAGGUACCAUCAUAUAACGAGCCUACGACUCACGAUUAUACCAGCUGUAUCAAUGAUCAAUACUCCUCUAUUGUCAUGCCC